AUGGAGGUUGGAAUAUUUACCGAGCGUAAAAAGUCUAAAUGUAGAGUUUGCUGUGCAGUUAGAGAUUGUCAGAGUAAAGCAAGUAAAAAUUUAAAUGUAGUUUUCCAUAAAUUUCCAAAGGCUGGUGGUCAUUCAGUGUCAUUAGAAAAUUUUUUCGGUAAUUUUGAAAAAGUUGACAGAUUAAAAGCCUGGAAAAAAUUAUUGAGAAUAAAUAAAGUCACUCCUCAGACGAAAGUUUGCUCCUUACAUUUUAAAAAAACUGAUUAUUUAUUUCCAGAUUACCCAUCAGGGAAAAAAUUUCUAAAAAAAAAUGCUGUUCCAUCUUGCAAUUUACCAAAGUCAUCAGUAGCAAAAAACACAGCUAAAGAUGAAUCUCGGCUACAAAGACGAGUGGUAAGACGUCAGGGCUUAGAAUCGGCCACAACACAAAAUAUUAAACCUGAUAGAUCUGAUGUCAAAGUUGACGUAUCAAAAAAAAAUCCGAAUACUAGUACUGGUACGUCAGCACCAAAUCCUGACCAUCCUGACGUAGUUCCUGUGACAAGCUCUGGAGAAAACGAGAUUGGUAUCCAAGUGGAUAGUACAUUCUUUAGCAUCAAUUUUAUGAAUCUGGUUACAACAGAAAACGAUUUUUCGACUGCUACAGGAAUCCAAUCCUAUAAAAUUUUUAAUACUAUUGUUAGACAGUUAGAAAGUAUGUAUGGGGAAGAUUUAUCAAACUGUAAGAUGUCUUUGAGAGAACGAGUCAUCAUGGCGUAUGUGAAAUUAAAACAAAAUCUAUCAUGGGCGUUUUUAGCUUUACUUUUCAAAAAAUGUAAUGCUGCGCAAUGCCGGCAUAUAUUUUACACAACUUUAGACAUGUUGUUCAAGUGUUUGAAAACUUUUAUCCGAUGGCCACCAAAAGAAGAAAUUUCGCGGAAUUUACCUGAAUGUUUCCGAGACUUUGAAGACACCAGAGUUGUCGUGGAUUGCAUUGAAAUAUUUAUUCAGGCUCCGAGUAAACUGUGCUGCCAACAACUAACUCAUUCAAAUGACAAAAGCCCUGCGACAUGUAAAAUAAUGACUGGAAUUACUCCUGGAGGAUUAAUUUCCUAUUUUACUAAACCCUAUGGAGGUAGACUUCUUGACACAGAAUUAUUCGAGCAAAGUGAUCUAAUAAAAUUAUUAGAACCCGGUGAUGCUGUGAUGACUGACAGAGGGUUUUUGAUUGAUGAACUUUGCACCCGGAACAAGUGGAAACUUACAAGACCCCCGUUGACGAAAGAUCAAAAACAAUUGAGCAAAAGUGAGGCGAUAUUGACAUCAAAAAUCGCUAAUGCUCGAGUUCACGUUCAAAGAACUAACCAUCAAAUAAAAGCUUUUGCAGUUUUAGGUGGAACGAUGUCUGCGGAACUAGUACCAGUACUACAUGAAAUUUUUACAGUUGUUUGUGCCACAGUUAAUUUAAGCUCUUCUGUAGUUAAAGACGACAAGUUCAAAAAAAAUUGAAAACAGUAUUAUUUUUAAGAACAAUCAUGUCAUCAAUUGUUAACUUUUUAUUUAUGGCAGUUUACUGUUGUAACGAAUACUGCAGUGAUUAUUUUCAAGUAGACUGUUUAAAUUAUUUUUAUAAUAAUAAAUUAUUACAUCACAGU